AUGAGGUUCUUCCAGAAGUACUCACUUGGCGUCCUCGUCUUAGCCGCUAGUGUGUUAUCCCAAGACAUUUUUGAGCCGUCCGACUUCAACGUUACGAAAGCUUUGAUCCAGAACGGCGUCAAUGUUUCCGCCAUAACCGAGUUGGCUGGCUUGGUCGUUCGCUCGUCGCUGAAAGGCUGCUCGAUAGCGUCACUUACGAGUCUUGGCUUCCUUGCUAUUCUUGCUCCCGAAGUUUCGAUAUUGGUAUUGAUUGCACGUCUUACUCAAUGUCAAUUUGCAGUCAAGAGCGGAGGCCAUGCUGCCUUUCCUGGUGCCUCAAGCAUUGAGGGUGGUAUUACAGUAGACACGGUCAACAUGAACCAGAAGAAGCUAUCCGCUGACAAGAAAACGGUUGCUGUUGGUCCCGGCAACCGAUGGAAGGAGGUAUACGACUACCUGACUCCCUACAACCUUGCCAUCGUCGGUGGACAGGCGUCGGAUGUCGGAGUCGGUGGUCUUACUCUGGGUGGGGGAAUCAGCCACCACACCAACCAAUACGGCUUGGCAUGCGAUAAUAUUGCAUCUUUUGAACUCGUCACUGCCAAAGGCGCUAUCAUUAAUGUGAGCUAUGAUACGUUUCCCGACCUGUACUGGGCUCUGCGCGGAGGAAGCAACAAUUUCGGCAUCAUCACUACCUUCAACUACGAAACCCUUUCUCAAGGUCCCAUGUUCGCCAGCAAACGCCAAUAUAACAUCAGUUACGCCCCUGCCCUGAUCGACGCAUUUGGAAAUGCGGUUGACAAGGCUGAUGAGGACCACAAACUCGCACACUUCGUCGCGGUCUCGUACUAUUCUGGAAGCAAGCUUGCAUCCGCGGAGUACGAGUACUUUGAUCCGAUUGACACAGCGAACCCACCGGCCAUACUUAAGGAAUACCUCUCGUACCCCCCGGUCACAGACAACACCCGAAAUACCACUCUCGCUGAAACUACUCUUGGGUUGACCGCGAGUAUGCCAGACGGCUUCCGCACGACUAUGUGGUCCCAGUCCUUCAAGCUCAACACGGAUCUCAUGAAAUGGAUCAUGCAGCAUCUCUGGGAGGUUGCUCCGGGCAUUCCUGAAAAGGCACCCAGUAUCUCAUUCCAGGCCUUUACCAAGCCCGCACUACAGGCCAUGCAGAAGAAGGGUGGUAAUUCGCUCGGCCUCUAUCCCGAAGACGGGCCAUUCUUCCAUGCGCUGUUUUACAUGUCUUGGACCGAUGAGAAGGAUGACAAGGCCGUCCUCAAGGCAGCGCAGAGCUAUCUUAGCGAUUGCGUAGCCAAGGCCAAGGAGCUCGGUGCGGACAACGACUACAUGUGCAUGCCAUACAGUAGCCCCUACGAGCCCGUUAUUUCCGGCUAUGGAGCCACAAACGUCGCCAAGCUGAACGCUGUCUCGAAAGAGUACGACCCUGACAGCGUAUUCCAGAAGCUGCAACUCGGCUAUUUCAAGCUCAGCGGAAAGGCUCCAUUCGGCCAGGUUGUAUAG